CAUGCAUUGUUCUCUUCUGCGAUUCCAAUGUACCUUCAAACGUUAGUAGUUACAUAAAUCCCUCCACCUUCAACACAAAACAUAACCACCUACGAAAUUUUAAGGUGGUGGUUGGUGUUGGUGCAAUUGUUUUCUCUUCUUGAACUCAAGGUGUUCGACAAAAUGGGUAGCAGAGAAACUGCAACUGCAAGUGUUGGUGAUGGUGGAACAAAACCAAUGAUAAUGGAAGGGUGGUUAUACCUCAUACAAUCCAACCGUUUGGGGCUUCAGUUCUCGAGAAAGCGCUACUUCGUGCUAAAGGGUCACCAUCUUCGAAGUUACAAGUACCCUCCUUCACUUUCUCGCAACAACAACAACCACCACCACUUUCUUCCUCUCAGAAGUGCUGUUCUUGACUCCACCAUUCGGGUCCUUGAUAAUGGCAGAGAAACCAUUAACAGAAAAGUGUUUUUCAUGUUCACCCUUUACAGCACUUCCAAUCACAGCAAUCAACUAAAGUUAGGAGCAAGCUGUCCUGAAGAAGCAGCAAGGUGGAUUCACUCCAUUCAAGAAUCUUCUUUGAAGGGUGCUCCUCGUACACGAGAUAAUGUUGUAGCUAGUUCUAAGAGAAGAUGGCACUCAUUUAGAUUAUGUGGGUUGUCCAAUACGACUCACUCUGGCUCUGUAGAUUGGACCAUUGGUUCAUCUGAUGUCGUUGCUCCUUCAUCUUGGAUAAUCUUUGGUUGCCAAAAUGGAUUGCGACUAUUCAAGGAAGCAAAAGAAAGGGAUUCACGUGGGAAGAAGUGGGAUGAUCACCCUGCAAUCAUGGCUGUUGGUGUGGUUGAUGGAAGUUCCGAAGCCAUUUUCCAGACUCUUAUGUCACUUGGUCCUUCAAGAUCAGCAUGGGAUUUCUGUUUCUACAAAGGCAGUGUGGUUGAGCACAUAGAUGGUCACACUGACAUCAUUCACAAAGAGCUGUAUAGGGAUUGGUUGCCUUGGGGAUCAAAACCAAGAGAUUUCUUGUUGCAGCGUUAUUGGAGGAGAGAAGAUGAUGGAACCUAUGUUAUUCUUUACCAUUCUGUGUAUCACAAGAAGUGUCGGCCACAGAAAGGCUGUGUACGUGCAUGGCUUAAAAGUGGAGGUUAUGUUAUAUCACCAGUGAGCAAUGGAAAACAAUCAGUCGUAAAACAUAUGCUUGCCAUUGAUUGGAAGUUCUGGAAAUCCUAUCUUAAGCCUUCAUCAACACAUUCCAUGACCAUUCGUAUGCUUGAGAGAGUUGCUGCAUUGCGGGAGUUAUUUAAAGCUAGACGUGGGAAUUGUCGUUCAUCUGAUAGUUCAUCUGGAGAGUUGACAAGAAGCAUCGGGCUUAGUUUGAAGGAAGGAGAUGUCAACUCUGAUAGCCAAAGGCAGGCAGUAGAUGAGAAUGCCCAACAUAUCUCAGAUGGAGUAGUAGAUCAAACACAAUCAGAGCAUGCAACCCUUGUUAGCCUAAAUGAUGCUGAUGAUGAGUUUUUUGAUGUUCCAGAACCAUCAGACAGUGACGAGUCGGAAAAUGGAUGGAUGCCUGAUUGUAGUCACAAGAAGUCUCCGGACUUCCGUCAACCUAAGUUGUCAACAGCUGCUAAUUUUGUGAAAAAAUUGCAUGAUCUUGCAGUUCAGAAGAAGGGUUAUGUGGACUUACACGAAAUGGUCAGAGAAGAAAGUACCUUAUGCGCCUAUGGAUCAACUCUUCCAAAAGAUUCCUCUUGUACAUUACCUUGCAGCUGGGCAGAAGCAGAUCCUUCCACUUUCCUGAUUCGUGGGGCAAAUUACCUCGAAGACCGCCAGAAGGUUAAGGCAAAGGGAACCUUGAUGCAAAUGGUUGCUGCAGACUGGCUGAGAUCUGAUAAAAGAGAAGAUGAUCUUGGUGGCCGACCAGAGAGCAUUGUGCAGAAAUAUGCAGCAAAGGGUGGGCCUGAGUUCUUCUUCAUUGUAAACAUUCAGGUUCCAGGUGCAACUACAUAUAACCUGGCAUUAUAUUACAUGAUGACUACACCUGUUGAAGAUACCCCUUUGCUUGAGAGUUUUAUCAAGGGUGAUGAUACCUACCGAAAUUCAAGAUUUAAACUCAUACCAUACAUAUCCAAGGGUUCAUGGAUAGUAAAACAAAGUGUGGGAAAGAAGGCAUGCUUAAUUGGUCAAGCAUUGGAAAUUAACUAUUUCCAAGGGAAGAACUAUUUGGAGCUUGGGGUUGAUAUUGGAUCAUCAACUGUUGCAAGAGGUGUUGUAAGUCUUGUCCUUGGAUACCUCAAUCAUCUAGUUAUUGAAAUGGCCUUUCUAAUACAGGGGAAUACGCCGGAAGAGCUUCCGGAGUUCCUUUUAGGGACAUGUCGCCUUAACCAUCUAGAUGCUUCCAAAUCAGUUUCUUUGAAGCCUUGAUUCUCAAUGAGAUAUUUAAGUACCUUUGGUCUUAUGAAGGAGGUUGCCAUGUUGUAUAUAAAUUGAAACAAGGAGAGUUCUUUGGUGGCUCCAAUUCCUUUAAUUGAAUUCCAAAAGCCAUCAUUUUAUUCAAUCAAAGCAGUUUGUGAUGA